AAGAAGGAUUACUAAUAUAACGAAUUAAGACUUUCUGGUGUCCUUAAGUUUUUGUUUGGUUGAGAACUGAGAAGUAGUCCCGAAUCAAGAAUGAAGACUCGUAACAAGCUUCUGCUACUCGCUUGUGCCACUUUCUCCAUUAUGUCUCUUGUUAAGUCUCAAAAUCAACAAGGAUUCAUCAGUUUGCAUUGCGGAUUACCAUCUAACGAAUCUUAUAUCGAACCAUCGACCAAUUUAACAUACAUAUCAGAUGUCAAUUUCAUCCGAGGAGGAAAAACUGGUAAUAUCCAAAAUAACUCACGGACAAACUUUAUCUUUAAGCCACUCAAGAUUUUGAGAUACUUCCCGGAUGGAAUUAGAAACUGCUACAGUUUGAGUGUGAAGCAAGGCACAAAGUAUCUAAUCAGGACAGUUUUUUCCUAUGGAAACUAUGACGGUCUUAAUAUUUCUCCAAGAUUUGACCUCUUUCUCGGUCCAAAUAUUUGGACAAGCGUAGAUGUGCUAAAAGCGGGUGUAGGUGAUGGAGUUGUCGAGGAGAUCAUUCACGUCGCAAUGUCUAACAUCUUGGACAUAUGUCUCGUAAAAACAGGGACGAGUACACCAAUGAUAUCAGCCAUAGAAUUAAGACCUUUGCGAUAUGAUACUUAUACUGCUCGAACCGGUUCAUUAAAGCUUAUUGCGCACCUUUACUUCACCAAUUCAGACGAGGCAAUACGUUAUCCCGAAGAUGUCUAUGAUCGUGUUUGGAUUCCAUAUUCACAACCAGAAUGGACUCAAAUAAAUACAACGCGGAAUGUAAGUGGCUUUUCUGAUGGCUACAACCCGCCACAAGGUGUAAUUAAGACCGCCUCCAUACCCACUAACGUCAGCGAGCCAUUGACCUUUACCUGGAAUUUGGAAUCCUCUGAUGACGAAUCGUAUGCUUACCUUUACUUUGCUGAGAUCCAACAAUUGAAGGUCAAUGAAACUAGGGAAUUCAAAAUUUUGGCGAAUGGUGUUGAUUACAUUCCUUAUAUUCCAUUGAAGUUUGAAGCAAAAACCUUAUCCAACCCUGCACCACUAAAAUGCGAGGGAGGGGUAUGUCGUGUGCAGCUGUUAAAAACACCGAAGUCGAAUCUACCACCCCUAAUGAAUGCUAUAGAGAUUUUUAGCGUCAUACAAUUUCCACAAUCAGAGACAAAUACAGAUGAUGUCAUUGCUAUCAAGAACAUUCAAUCUACUUAUCAAUUGAGUAGAAUCAGCUGGCAAGGCGAUCCAUGUGUCCCUAAACAGUUUUCAUGGAUUGGUGUUAGCUGCAACGUUAUAGAUAUCUCCACACCAUCAAGAAUCAUCGCAUUAGAUUUGUCUUCAAGUGGAUUAACUGGAGUUAUACCGCCUAGCUUACAGAAUCUAACGCUGCUUCGAGAAUUGGACUUAUCGAAUAACAACUUGACUGGAGAAGUGCCUGAAUUUCUAGCCAAUAUCAAAUCGUUGUUGGUCAUACACUUAAGAGGAAACAAUCUUAGAGGUUCUGUUCCUCAAGCAUUUCAGGAUAGAGAAAGAAAUGAUGGUUUAAAGCUAUUUGUUGAUCCAAAUAUAAAGCGGCAUGGGCAACACCAACCAAAAUCUCGGUUGGUGGCGAUUGUUGCAUCUAUAUCUUGUGUGACCGUUACUAUAAUCGUGUUGGUUCUCGUCUUCAUUUUCAGAAGGCGAAAGUCAUCAACACGCAAAGGAAAACGUGGUGGCUCUGUCUUGAAUUGGUCGACUAGACUUAAAAUAGCUAUUGAGUCUACACUAGGUUUGUAGAAUUUUUUUUAGUUCCUAUCAUUAUGUUACUUUUUCUCAAGUCGAUAUAUCCUUCUUCCUUUUACACUUCAUAUUUAUGAUAAAUAGUUGACAUAUGA